AACCAGAACUUUUGAGAAUUAUUCUCACGAAUAAUUCUUUGGAUAAAGUUAUAUCAAAUAUCAAAAAAAAUAUCAAAUUAUCCGAUUCUCUAACAAUAUUAAAAGGAAGAAUAUUAGGUAAUAGAAUAGAUAUUUCAGAUGAAUUUGAAACACAAGAUCUUCAUCAAUUUUAUAAAUUAAGAAAUAUUAUUGAUCAAGGAGAAUCUUUUGGCUACGAACCAUUUCCUGAUAUAUUUCUUGGUCCAAAAUCAGAAAAUGCCAUUUUACAAAAUGAUAUUUUAGACCUUUUAGUUGAAUUUUAUAACAAUAGAGUAACAGCCCAAGAAAGUGGAAGCAAAAGAGGACAUUCUUUGUCUUCAGACUUAUCUCUAAAAGAUGACUCCACUAAUCCGGAUAAUCCUACUAACUCGGAUGACUCCACUAACUCAGAUAAGCCUGCAAAUCUGGAUACCACUGUCACUGCUAACUCGGAUGCCACUGCCACUGCUAACCCAAAUGCUACUGCUACUGCUAACCCAGAUACCACUACCACUGCUAACCCAGAUGCUACUACUAACUCGGAUGCUACUGCCACUGCUAAACCAGAUACUACUGCUAACCCAGAUGAUGCCUCUACUAAACAGGAUGACCCCUCUAACCAGGAUGCCUCUGCUAACCAGGAUGCCCCUGCUAAACAGGAUGACACCACUAACCAGGAUACUUCUGCUAACCAGGAUGCCCCUGCUAACCAGGAUGACCCUGCUAACCAGAAUGCCUCUGCUAACCAGGAUGCCUCUGCUAACUAG